AUGGACACGAACAUGCGAUCGGCCAUAACCCCUCGGGAAAGAUUACUUAUAACUCUACGGUUUUUAGCAGCAGGAGAAACGUACACUAGUCUGCAGUAUUUGUUUCGGGUUUCAAAAUCGUCGAUCAGCAAGGUGGUACCGGAAGUUUGCGAUGCAAUUAUGGAGGCAUUGCACGAUUAUAUAAAGCUACCGUCAACCAAGGAGGAGUGGUUGGAUGUUUCGCAACGAUUUGAGGAGCGAUGGAAUUUUCCUCACGCCAUCGGAGCGAUUGAUGGGAAACACAUCCAUAUAAAAGCUCCGAAGCAUAGCGGAUCGCAAUAUUUUAAAUAC